AUGACCAAAAGAUGAUGUAGUAAUGUCUUCACUCCUUUGGAUGUUUUUUUUUUCCAGAGCAAGCUGCACAUGGAAGGCUUCCGCAGUUUGAAAGAGGGAGAGCCAGUGGAAUUUACAUUUAAGAAAUCUUCCAAAGGUCUGGAGUCGAUACGGGUAACGGGCCCUGGUGGCACCUCCUGCAUUGGGAGUGAAAGGAGACCUAAAGGGAAGAAUAUGCAAAAGCGAAGGCCAAAGGGAGACAGAUGUUAUAACUGUGGUGGCUUGGAUCAUCACGCCAAGGAAUGUAAACUAGCCCCCCAACCGAAGAAGUGCCAUUAUUGCCAAAGCAUCGGCCAUAUGGUGGCCAACUGCACAAUCAAAGCUGCCCAGCAACAACAAUCUGCCAGUUCUCAGGGAAGACAGGAAAGUAAAUCGACAACAGGGGCCUUGACUUCAUCCCCCUCACCCACUACUCCUCAAGAAGUGGGAGGAGAGCACAGCACGGCCCUACUCCUGGAAGAGACAGGGGAGCACUUGGAAAAGCUUCUUCCAGAAGCCUACGAAAGUCCCCUGCGAGAGUUCGCCGAGGAGCCAAGUAGGCAAAGCUCGAAUUUGCAGAAAAGGAAAAAGACCUGACGUCGUCAGUGCCAGGAACCAACUCAGGAUACAAAACUACCUCAGGUUCACCUACACUGCCGAGGUCAAGAUCCAGCAAUUCUCCAAAGCAAUCAAAAGACUUCAUCAUGAGUCCAACUUCUACUCAUUCUGAUGAUGGAUAGGAUUUGGAUAAACCUUCAGCAAACUGAGGCACACUGGAACAUUCUUAGACAACAGCCUCCAUAACCUUUCAACCACCUUAAUACUGCCACAAUUUCCAGAGGUCCAACUUAAAUCCUAUAAUGUCAAGACAUUCUUUUUCUCUGUUCAUUUUUCUAAAGAACCAAGAGCAAGAAAUCUGCUUUCUGAUAUAAAACUCAAUUCCCUUGCCCCUUGUUAAGUCCUCCUCCUCGUGGUGGUAUCAACCAUGGCUUGAGAACCAUUGCAUUGAUUUAUUUUGAAGGCUGACUUGCAUUGAAUUUGGAACAAUAACCAUACAACAAAGAGGUUUCUUCACUUCUGGUCCAUAACUUUAUGUAUUUUGGCAUCCUCCCCCUACACAGUGCUACCUUUCAAUUCACCAAACAUCAGGUUAGAUGAUGAAGAACAAACAGAGUCCUUAAACAUUUUGAUCGCAUGACUACACCCAUCAAAGAUUGACAGGACUCUCACCCGGGACAAUCAUUUUCCCUUUAUCUGGAGGUUAUUGAAAUUAUCUCAGCAGGUAGACAAAGGUUUCCUCCCACACGUCUGAAAGAUCUGACUUUCUCUUGUUGCCUAGUCGUGUUGAAUUAAUUCAUAUACGUCACGCAACCAAAGCUUUCAGAACUCAAAAAUUAUAGAGAAUCCAGGCUAGUCUAUUGGAUGGUGACCGAUUUGAAUAACCUUCCACCAAAGCUGCAGUAUUUCUUGUGUCCAUAUGUCUGCAACAGGUCUGAUGAGCUACCAUAAUCUACAUUACAUUACUUUUCGAAAUAGAGGGUCUCAAGACUUAGAUUAUAGUGCAUCUUAUUUGACUACUUAAAGUCUAAGCAGUUAAAACUAAUGAUACAAAUUUAUUUAAGCUCCCUAGAUGAGCAACUGUUGUCCUCAGAAUCCUACUGUGCCAUCCUACUUUUGAUCCAACUCUUAUUGUGUUCCUCAGAAGCACAGAGUUUCCUGAACCUAUCUUCAGAUGAAGAAUUGCUGAUAUAAAAGAGAGAAAGCUCAUAACAAAUAGCCUAUUGCAGAUGGAGUAUGGACACCCAAGCCUAAUGUUCACUCGUGAGGCAUAUGGUAAACCAACUCAUGAGAUGAACAUUCUGCUACAAUCAAAAAAUAAUCUGAUACUUGGUAGGAGUGAAUACUACUUCACCUUUCAAUCACAGAUUAAUGCUGGGAUUGGUAACGAAUGGUGAAGGUGCAAAUGGGUUAGUAUGAAAUUUUGUUGCCCGCAAAUGUUCUAGCUUGUUUAUUUUAAACAUUUUGUUAAAUAAUGGAAUUUGGUACACCUCCAAGAUAUCAGUCCUAACCAGAGUUGCACAGCACAAUGUUCUGUUGUCAAUCCAUUUGCGCCCUGAGACGCACAGUUUUGUUAUAUAAAACCAAAGGUCCUAUCUGACAGCUUACUCUGUUCCAUAGUUUUCAGCACCUUCCAUGUUGAUGGUGCAGGGAAUUAGUAAUGAAAUUUAAGCUGAUUAAAACUCAGCAUUCCACUACUGUACACUAAUGUCACUAUGUUUGGUACUAUGGCCCAUUAAACUGCUGAAUAAAUCCUACCCAGAGCC